AGGCAGAGAGAGAGAGAGAGCGAGAGUGAGAGUGAGGGUGAGGGAUAGAUUUAGGAAUUCGUCUGCAGACUUGCUGCUGCGCUGUUACAUAAAAAUGGCCUAGCAUUCCAGCUGACUGCCAACUGUUCGUCUGCGACUGCUUCGAAGCAGCGGUGAGACUCUUCGCUCCAACCGAAACCCUCCGGAGGAGCGGCGGCAGCCGCCACAGCAGCCCUCCCGCUUCCCCCCCUCCGCACUCCCAUCCCAGCAGACUCUGGCAACCAGGAGAGCAGGAUGGAGGCUACAUUCGGGCCGACGUUCUCAGCCGUGGCUGCUGGAGCGAAAGCAGAAGGUUCCAGCAGCUACAAGCAGCACAGAAGAACUCCCUCCUCCUCGAGCACUCUGACCUACUCUCCCCGGGAUGACGACGACGGAAUGCCUCCUAUGACUCCUCGGAGGUCAGACUCGGCCAUCUCAAUCCGAUCGCUCCACUCCGAAUCCAACAUGUCUCUGCGCUCCACUUUCUCUAUGCAUGAAGAGGAGGAGGACACGGAGCCCCAGGUGUUUGCCGAACAGCCAUCCGUAAAGCUUUGCUGUCAGCUGUGCUGUAACGUCUUCAAGGACCCCGUCAUCACCACAUGCGGGCACACAUUCUGCAGACGAUGUGCCUUGACUUCCGGUGAGAACAAGUGCCCGGUGGAUGCGGCUAAGCUAACGGUCGUGGUCAACAACAUCGCGGUCGCCGAGCAGAUCGGAGAGCUGUUCAUUCACUGUAAAUACGGCUGCAGGGCCACGGCCAGCGCUGCAGGCGGGGCCGACGCCUGCACCUCCACGGUGGCCGGCAAACCCGGCGCGUACGAGGUGGACCCGCUGGGCUGCCCGUUCACCAUCAAGCUGUCCACGCGCAAAGAACACGAGGCCAGUUGUGACUACAGGCCGGUCCGCUGCCCCAACAACCCUUCCUGCCCCCCGCUGCUCACCAUGAACCUGGAGGCUCACCUCAAAGAGUGCGAGCACAUCAAGUGUCCACACUCCAAAUAUGGCUGUACGUUCAUCGGUAACCAGGACACGUAUGAAACGCACCUGGAGGUGUGUAAAUUUGAGGGCCUGAAGGAGUUUCUGCAGCAGACUGAUGACAGGUUCCACGAGAUUCAGCUGACUCUGGCCCAGAAGGACCAAGACAUUGCUUUCCUGCGGUCCAUGUUGGGCAAACUGUCUGAGAAGUUAGAUCAGCUCGAGAAGAACCUGGAGCUCAAGUUUGAUGUGUUGGAUGAGAACCAGAGUAAACUGAGCGAGGACCUUAUGGAAUUUCGUCGAGACGCUUCCAUGCUUAACGAUGAGUUGUCCCACAUCAAUGCCAGGCUCAACAUGGGGAUCCUGGGAUCAUACGACCCCCAGCAAAUCUUCAAGUGUAAGGGGACCUUCGUUGGCCACCAGGGCCCCGUGUGGUGUCUGUGUGUCUACUCCACCGGAGACCUACUCUUCUCCGGAUCCUCAGAUAAGACGAUCAAGGUAUGGGACACCUGCACCACCUACAAGUGUCAGAAAACCCUCGAGGGGCACGACGGCAUCGUUCUGGCUCUGUGCAUCCAAGGAAACCGGCUGUACAGUGGAUCUGCAGACUGCACCAUCAUCGUGUGGGACAUCCAGACGCUGCAGAAAGUCAAUACUAUCCGUGCCCAUGACAACCCUGUGUGCACGCUGGUCUGCUCCCACAGCAUAUUGUUCAGCGGCUCCCUCAAGGCCAUCAAGGUGUGGGACAUCGUGGGUACGGAGCUGAAGCUGAAGAAGGAGCUGACCGGUCUGAACCACUGGGUCAGAGCACUGGUGGCCUCCCAGAACCACCUGUACAGCGGCUCGUACCAGACCAUCAAGAUUUGGGACAUCCGCUCUCUGGAGUGUGUCCACGUCCUGCAGACCAGCGGGGGCAGCGUCUACUCCAUCGCCGUCACCAACCACCACAUCGUCUGCGGCACCUACGAAAACCUCAUCCAUGUUUGGGACAUUGAGUCUAAAGAGCAGGUGCGGACCCUGACGGGUCACGUGGGGACAGUUUACGCUCUCGCUGUCAUCGCCACCCCCGACCAGACCAAAGUGUUCAGCGCCUCCUACGACCGCUCACUCAGGGUGUGGAGCAUGGACAACAUGAUCUGCACCCAGACCCUGCUGAGGCACCAGGGCAGUGUCACGGCUCUGGCCGUCUCCAGGGGGCGCCUCUUCUCCGGAGCGGUCGACAGCACCGUCAAGUUGUUUGCUGCUGUCAUGCGCUUGAGAUGACGAAGAAGAAGUCCUCUUCAUCAGAUGAACUGGACCUGGUGGCAUCACCUAGCUGCAGGGAGGGUUCUUCCAUGUGCUGCUUGAUUAGUCCAUUCCUGAAAUAAAGUGAGAGUAUUAUCGACAUGAUAGAAUUAAUAACACUUCCUAACAUGUCAUGACCCCAACCAACAGUUUUGUACAAAAUAGUUUGUUUUAAUUUGUGGUUUAUACAUUUAGUUUCAUGCGCUGUCCGUGCAUCCAGAGUUGAUUUGUGAAUAUGUACUUGUAUCUCUGCAGUUAAACACAACAACAGUCCCAAAUCAAUAUCGUCGCCAUUACUGGACCGUCACUCUUAUAAUAUUAAUACAAAUAAUAAUAAUAAUGCUGUAAUGAUUAGCAUUAUAUUAUAGCUAAGACGACUCAAAUCAACAAAUUCUCACAACUGUCAACACUUCUUCAGCUCAUUAACUCGCUAGAGAUCCGUCUACUCCACUCACGAUAAUUGUCUCAUUUAAUUGACGAUAGCUAGCGAACGUUAGCCUAACGUACAACAUGCGUAGGACAAUCAGACACCUGUCUCCCCCUCUCCUGCCAAAGAUAUAACUUACUCCAAUCCUGAGGACAACACUGCUAGAUAUCUUAACAGGUUUAUGAUGAUUAUCAAAACUAAACAUUAACGUUGCGGCUCAUGGGAUUAAUCUUAAUUUACCUCAAUGUGUUUCCUGAGGUUGGAUAGUGAGUUGUUGAAGGCCAAUAUCUCCGUAGCUUUCGGUCGGCAUGAGAGGCACUUCAUCCGGUAGGAAGGAACUUUCACUCCGACAAAAGAAAAGAGUUCGCCCAAAUAUGGCCUCGGACGUUGAUCUUGGUCCCCGUGGUUGUUCGAGUAGCUUCCAUUGCUGCUCCACAUGAAAUGAGUCGUAUCUGUAGCCACUCGCUCGCUAACAUCCUGGGCAUCACUGGGAAGAGAAAACACGCGGCAAGGACCACAGAUCCCCAACCUGGUGUUCGUGCUGCGUUCAGGUGCGCUGCGGUGUGUUCCACAACAGUCCCCGAUGUGCUGCGUUCAGGUGCGCUGCGGCGUGUUCCACCACAGUCCCCGAUGUUUCUCAUGAUUAUUUUUUUCCGUAGUAACGAGUAACGAUACUGUUUCAGGGGAAAUGUAUCGGAGUAAAAGUACAAGUUUUCAUUGCAAAAUGUAGUGAAGUAAAAGUAAAAGUAAACAGAAAUAUAAGUAGUAAAAUAAAGUACAGAUACCCAAAAAAACGACUUAAGUAAAGUAACGAAGUACUUCUACGUCGUUACUAUACACCACUGUGGUAGACCAGCUAUAUGAAAAGUUUCAGAAUAAAAGCGUCACAAAGUCGUAUCACAGGAACUACAUCUCUUGAUCUUUAAUUUCCUCAGUAUCCCUUUUCUGUAAUUGCAACUUUAUUUUAUAAUAUAUUGCAUCCUCUCUCUCUCCCUCUCUCUCUCUCUCUCAGGUGUGGACAUGCUAAACCAGCUGUUUGAUCUGCAGGGGUCCAGUCAACUCCUUUACCAACGGUAACCUUUCCACCUGCCCCCCCCCCCCCCCCCCCCCCCCAAAACACACACACACACGUUCUUUGAUUGAUUUUAAACGGCUGCAGACCAAUAAUAAUAACCGCCACUUCACCGUUGAGCAAAGCGUUUCUUCUAAAGCUUCGAUCGACGGCGCGGCACCAGAAACUGUUUCCGAUCUGGACCGACGACGCAUACCAUUAAAAUACGUCUGAGGGCUGGUUUCACAAAUGGGGAGCGUCACCACGCUCAUUAAAAUAUGUUUAUGACCCCCCCCCCCCCCCCCCACGCACCAGAACAAAGCAAGACGAGGUCAUUUUGUGCCAAUAAAGCAGCAGCGGUUUUACAUUAAAAUGUACGUGAGGAUUACGUCGGCCUCUUUCCCCAAAGAUCAGCUCAUACUUCCAAAAUCCAAACUAUUCCGUUAAUGUUACACGAAGACUCCAGUUGUGAUGAAGGACGUCUCGAUGAAGCCGAGCGCGUUCCCCGUCGGUCCGUUUAACUCCACGUUGUCUCAACCCCCGAGUCCAGCACGCGUUGGCCGAUAUUUCAUGGUCGUCACCCACAACUGUGAAACCAGCCCUUUUUAAUGAAAAAAACAAAUUACGUUUUAAUAAGAGAAUGACAGAUCUAUAGAUUUACUGAGUUUUAUAUUGGUGCCAUGGCGGAGCUGAACUCGGAGCCAUUACCGGUUGUACAGUCGUGUAAAAUAAGAUGUGGCCGCCCAUGAGACGACUCACUCCUUUCAGACGACGGUCCUUAUGUAUAUGUGAGUGUUUUAAUGAGUGCCAUAUGUCCAGGUGAUAACCAAGGAAAGACUGUUCUCCCCUCUUUCUGCCUGACCCCGCCCACCCUGGGGUCAGGGUUCACAUAACCACAGAUUAAUGCUGACUGUUGUUUCAUGACUGUAAUAUGGACCGACGGCAAAGGCGAGCGGUGGGAUUGUGUGUAAUUGACCUUUGAACUCCCUAAAGGCAAAUUAAAAAGAAUGUGUUGAGCUAAAGAAGUCCUGCUUUCCUGAAUUCUGUUCCAGGACCCAUAUUGGGUCGAAAACAUGAAAACAGAGUAAAUAUGCCUGGGAGGGUAGUUUCAAGAAUCAUGUCCAUCCAGUUAGACACGUGGGCUAAAACUAUGUUUUUACACAUGUUCAGCAUUAUGUUGCCUUCAUUUAAUUGCAGAAGUGGCCACAACUUAAUGUAGCCUUGGUGAGGCGCCUGCACUGGUCACGGUUUCAGUGAUGCCUUGUAUACUUGUAAGCCUGAGUUGAUCACGGAUCAAUAAAACUGUUGUACACUUUCA